AUGGUGGUUGCACUGCGACUGCGACUGCGACUUGGACUUGGACUUGGACCUGCACUCGGCUCGCAACACCACGUCGCCUAUCGCGCCCUUGCCUCAUCUGCCCGUCUGCCGCAAGCAACGUUCCAGAACCUGCGAGCUUCUUGGCCGUGUCCUCACCAUACAAAUAGUCGUCCUGCCCCGACCCUCGCGCCCCAGGCGCCCCCAACCGCCAAACUGGAGCAAUCCUACUCGCCGCCGCGUCACUCGCAGAGGGAAACUAGCAACAAGGACUCGGUGAGAGCGCGCAGCUCCUCGAUACGGCUGUCCCAGGCGAGAGGCGAGGACGUGGAUAAGGAGCCCCCGGCCAGGUCCCCGCUCACCAUGCUGGCCGGCAAAGGAUACUCGUGGAAGGCUGCCCAGGCAAAGCUGCCGCCAUCGCGCCACCUUGUCCACACGGCGCGCAACCCCAAGUUCCUGCUGUCUGUUGGCCUCCUGGCUGCUGUUAUCUUGCUAUGGCGGUCCAUGGGCUCUGCCACGGGCGAGCUGCAGAGGUUCUACUGCUUCGGCCCCUCCAAACCACCCAUGCAUAUGACGGCAAACGAGCACGAAGACUGGCACGCACACCUGACGACGCCCGUCAUAUUCAACCACCACAAACCAAUCGAGGUCAAUGCCACGCACAUCCAGCACAUUGACCUCAACCCAAUCAAGUCGACUGUCGACGCAGUCAAGAACAAAGAGCGCGUCUUGAUCCUUACCCCACUUCGCGAUGCUGCCUUUUACCUACCGAAACACUUUGAUCUUCUCGCCCAACUGACAUACCCGCAUGAGCUGAUCGACCUGGCAUUCCUCGUGGGCGACACGACAGACGAUACAGUGGCAACACUGGCAAAGGAGCUGGAGAGGAUACAGAACAACCCUGAAAUAGCCUUCAGGUCAACCAUGAUUGUCGAAAAGGACUUUGGUGUUACGCUCUCGCAAAGCGUCGAGGACAGGCAUGGCUUUGAGGCUCAGGGUCCGCGAAGGAAAGCCCUGGGUAAGGCGAGAAAUUAUCUCCUCUCGGCUGCCCUGAAGCCAGACCACAGCUGGGUCUACUGGAGGGAUGUGGACAUUGUCGACAGUCCGGCAAAGAUUAUUGAGGACUUUGUGGCGCACGAUCGCGACAUCCUCGUCCCCAAUGUAUGGUUUCACAGAUACAAGGAAGAAAACGGCAAGAUGGUUGAUAUUGAAGGACGAUUCGACUACAACUCCUGGCAAGAAUCUCCCCAAGGUCUCAAACUCGCAGCUUCUCUGGACAAGGACGUCGUCCUUGCCGAAGGCUACAAGCAAUACCCUACCAACCGCCGUUACAUGGCCAAACUCGGCGACUGGCGCGCCGACAAGGACGAGGAGAUGCCUCUCGACGGCAUUGGUGGAGUCAACAUCAUCGUAAAAGCAGAUGUGCACCGGUCGGGAAUCAACUUUCCCUGCUACGCCUUUGAGAACCAAGCCGAAACCGAAGGCUUUGCCAAAAUGGCAUUGCGAGCGGGCUACGGUGUCUAUGGACUGCCAAACUAUGUCGUAUGGCACAUUGACACGGACGAGAAACCGGGAAAUGCCUAGAAAAUGAGCAAGAAACAAAAAAAAGACAUUGCGUAGUGAAAGAAAGGAUAAAAACAACGACAACAAUAUAUACCCCCAGGGAGUCGGGCGCACGCAUUGCAUGGGUUGUUGGCUGUGGCGGCGC